AUGGCGGGCGAGGGGAUGUGGAAAGGAGUCGCCGGCGACGAGUCAUCAACCUCGGCUGCAGUUGCGCCUGCGGCACCUCCGAAGCAGAAACCCGCCCUGCAGGUCAUUGUGCUGGGCUCCCAGGGUGGCCCCUUGGAAUCCAACGUGACGGCGUUUCUCGUACGUUCGAUAGCGUCGGGAUGGAGGAAGGGCUCCGUAAUGGCCGUCGAUGCCGGCGUGCACCUUGGCGCCAUAACACAAAUCCUGCGAGACACACAGCCUCCAGAUCUGGGAGAGACCGACGAGCUUGCAUUACCAUACGUGCUGCAGAGCGGGCCCUUUGCUGGAAUGACGGUUUACUCGGCGUCGGCAAAGACGAAUGCAGCCAAGAUACAUGCGGAUCUGGUAGACACGUACCUCAUCACGCAUCCUCAUCUCGAUCACAUCUCAGCCUUCGUCAUCAACACCGCUGGACUGUCAGGGCCGAGGCGAAAAAAGCUGGCUGGGUUACCAGGGACGAUCCAGGCCCUCAAAACGCACAUCUUCAACAACAUAAUAUGGCCCAACCUAUCGGAUGAAGACCACGGGGCUGGUCUCUUUACUUAUUUGCGGCUGAACGAAGGCGGGUCCCCGGCCAUGGGCAACGUUGAUGGUUAUCUGGAGUUUAAUGAAGGCCUCGCUGUCAAGGUAUGGAGUGUGAGCCAUGGCCACAAUAUCGAAAAACACGCACCUCACCGCGGCAGCGGCAACAACACCAGACUCAACAGCAUCGACGCCUCAUCUGGCCUGAUGGGCUUCGGCACUGGCAUGCUAAGCCCGCGGUCCGUAGCCCACCACAACGCGAGCCCCAGCCUGGCGGCAUUCUACCACCAGCAACCACACUUGAUGCCUCAUGAUCGUGCGGGGUCCGCCAUCCCGGGGUCUAUUUCGAUGAGCGGAGGGAGGGGCUCUGGGGCGAUGAACCAAAUAGGCGGCGGCCCGAGCCCGACGGAAUACGCUUGUGUGUAUGACAGCAGCUCAUAUUUCAUCCGGGAUGUGGAGACGGGUGUUGAGGUGCUCAUCUUUGGCGACGUCGAGGGUGAUAGUGUGUCGAUGAAUCCGAGGAACUUGCGCAUAUGGCAAGAGGCAGCGCCCAAGGUCGCGACGGGAAAAUUAAAAGCCAUCCUUAUCGAGUGCAGUUAUGAUGACAGCAGGCCCGCGGACCGACUGUUUGGCCAUUUGGCGCCGAGCUUCCUGGUUCAGGAAAUGACAACCCUCGCCGAGGAAGUUAAGGCCGCCCGGGUGCGCAUUUCAAUGGACAAGGGGAGGAAGGAGACGGACCCUCGACGAGAGAACAGGAGGGGCAGCAAGCGAAAACGCGAGGGGAUACCUCACGAGGACGCCACGAUAGCGGUUCGGCGGCGGGCUUCGCGGGCGCUGGCCAGGCACAGCUCAGACAGUGUCAAUGAGCCCGUGAGCCCAAAGACGAUGAAGAUGCCUCGGUCGGACUCGGGCCAGAGGAGUGUGUCAGUGGAAAGCCCGCAUAUCACGACGCCAACGGCCGAACUGUCAUUGACAGACCUCCAAGGGCGGACGACAUCGAUUCCCAGCGGUACAAGUGCCCCAAACAUGAACUCGGCCGGGACAGAGACCCGGCCGAUUGACGGCCCGCAGCUCGAGGGGCUAAAGGUGGUGAUCAUUCAUGUCAAGGACAAGAUGGACGACGAUGAUAGUGUGGAGGAUAUCAUCCUGGACGAGCUACACGAGCACGAGUCGUUCAUGGACGUGCCGCUCGGGUGCGAGUGGAUCAUUUCUGAGGUCGGACAGAGUCUGGAGGUCUGA